AUGGAAGCCGUGACUCUGGUUCUCAUCGCGUCCCUGGUGGCGCAUUUAUACUUCUGGCCAUAUCAGGCAGAUGACUGGAACCGUGCAGAGAUCGGCCUUUUGAUUGUGAGCCUGACCAUAGCAGGCCUGACUACCUGCCUCAUCGCCAAUGACCUGCACUGGGCGAAGUCCACUUUGACGCAGCGCGUCCUGGUGUUCCUGAUUUGCUCUAUUGCUGGAGGAAUUUGCAUCGUCAUGCUGGUCACCUUCUCCCUCGCCUACCUGGCGGAGCGGCGCCAGAGGGCCGAGGCCAAGAAGGCGGAGGAGGCGUCAGCUGCCAGGCGCCUUCUUUGUGUGUCUGUGUGUGUGCGCCUAAUUUUAAAUCUUGAAGCCAUAAACCCUACAUUCGAAGCCCUAAACCCUUACAGAGAGUCACCCGGCAUCCCAGCUCAGAAGGGCCCCGUUUCGGGAUCUCGGGGUCCAGACUUUCACGAUGAGGUCUUUGUGACCGAGAAGGGAGGCCGCCGGUGA